GGGAGUUACCAAACAUGCGCCGCAGCGUCAGUGUGCGGCCGGCAUGGACGAUGAGAGGGUGAUUGCGGCCGUGCAGUGUCGGCCGCCUUUGUACGACAAAAAUCAUCCAAAACAUUGUAACAGAGAACUAAUCCGCACUCUAUGGGAAGAGUGUGCCACGGAAAUCGGUGGCAACAUCGACCAAGUGAAGCGGAGAUGGGCUUACCUGCGAGACUACUUCACCAAACUCUACCGCCUGUCGAAAAUUCCGUCCAGCCGAAGAAAGAAGUGGCCGCUUUUCGACAGCAUGAUGUUCAUAGUAGGUGACGGCCGAGACUUAACCGAGGACUCUGGUCUUGAGGAAACGUACCCUAUGCAUUCACAAAAUUUCUCUUUUCUAUCACAUGGGAACCAAAAGCCUUCUAAUAUUAUGAACAUAGAAAAUUGUGAUUCGGAGGCUGUAAAAGAAGAAAUUGAUGGACAUGAAAAUUCUCUUUUAGAAGCCACGCCAACAAUCAACGUCAAGCGCGGUAGACUGGAUUUCGACGCGUAUCUUGAAAGAGGAAAACAGGAUUCUGCAUACCACUCCACCGAGCCUUUUGUAUAUAUGAAUGAGAAAGAAUAUACGAAAAGCUUCAAGCCAGAAGAUGAAGACGACGACUUAUGUUUUUUCAAGAGUCUUAUGCCGAUGCUUAAGAAAUUAGACGAUAUCGAGAAAAUAGAGUUCAGGAUGGCAGUUCAAAACACUCUACUUGAAUGCAUGAAGAAAAGAAGAGACCGGGAGCAGUCAAAUUCAAGUGAUUUCUCGGAAGAGAAAGUCUUCCAAUAGCAAUGCCAUGAUUUCAGAUUGCGAUUUUAGCUGUCCAUGAUUAGUUUCAGAUUUCUAAAUUUUGGUUUCGAUGAAUUUUGAAAACCUCUUCAGCAAUCUCCUGAAUUUCAACUGCUGUCAUUACAUCGGAAAAGUUUUAGCUGAAAAAGUAAAAGUAUUAAAAUAAAUAACUCUCUCUGUAAUUUUCCCAACGGUUUUACAGUAAAAAAGUAUUGUUGGUAUCUUCACGAUUAGUGAGUGAAAAAUAAUUCAGCUCAACGCAUACAAUGUUCAGGAUUUUAUUGGAUUUAUGCUUUUGUUUUGUAAGUGAGCUCCAACAGCAAAUAUUCGAACAAAUUUUACAACUAAAGCCUUAAACGAAUUACAGACACUAAUGUUUAUGGAAAUUUGUUUGUGAUAUUCGUUGCUUAUUUUGGUAAUAUUUUAACAUAUAACCAAAGAAGUUCCAUGGAAUCUGAAUGUAACGCUUUAAAAUGAUGAUCAUAUGAUCAGUUUGUUGUACAAAUUAGUACAGAAUGCUUGUACUAUUUACUGUGCAUGCAACCACUGCCGCAAAAUUUGAAUAAAAAAGUUACUAUGAGUCGCUAAGUGCUGCAAUUAGAGAUUAAACUUAGUGCGUUUCAAAUAUAAAAUCGUUUUCGUUUUAAUAAGAAAUGCAAGAAUGGCUGUAGCCAAUUCUAGUGAUAAUUUUUUCAUUUUCUGUUUCAAGUUUUGAGAGAAUGAUACGUUGUUCUAUAAACGUCUUGAACUUCUGCGAUGGUUGCAAUAAUGAAACAGUUUGCUAACUAUAGAUUAACUGCGUGAUUUUUUAAUGUCCGCAAAUCGCAAAAGUUCAUCGAGUUUAGGGAACGUUUGAAACUGUAAUAGUAAUUCAUUCUUCGUUCCCUCACGGUAAGUUACUUAUUCUGUUAUUCUGUAUUAAAUUUUUUGUGUGCGUAACGAAGCCUGCCUUCAAGUGUUUACAAAUUUUACAAUCAAAUUAAUUGUACCCAAAUGAUUUCAAAAUUAUUUAUAUUAAGGCUAGCCGUUAUUACCGUUAGGAAAAGCAAGGCUCAUUUGAGAUUAAUUAGCUGCAAAGAGCAUAAGUUCAUGCGUUAGAAUUUGAAAAAGUUGCCGGGAUGUUUGAAGGUCAGUACGGAGUGUCUGUCCUAUAAUAUCAUAUUCUGGCAACUCGGUAAAAAUUAUUUAAGAAUGGAAAAUAUCAGUGGAAAUGACUGUUACAUGAACAUCAUGGAAGAUCUCGCUCUUGAAAUAAAAUGACUGAAUUCAGUUUCGAAUAUUGUUCUUUUAUAUUGUUUAAGGAUCGAAAAAUGAGAUGAGAUAGGUUCGAAAUUUUUAGUACACUGGAUAUAGUUUACUGUUGUACGAUUGUUUAUUUGGACCAUUUGAAAUUUCAGGCUAUACUCUUAUCUUGUCUUAUCUUG